AUGAACACGUGUCUUCACCGCGCGGCCAUCAAACCUGUGUCUGAGCUUUUAGCCGCAGACAGCAGCCAUAUGUCGGCAGUCAGUCUGGAGGCGGCGAUGGCAGGUAGGAUGUGUGAGAGCGGCGGCAGCGGCGGCGGCGUCAUCAGGAACAAGCGCUUUGUUCGCCCGCUCGCUCCAUCACCCGCUCUGCAAAUGGAGACGCCGCGCAAUUUUCACUUAUGA